CAAUUCCAAUACGCGAACACCACAGUUGACAAUUUGACCCCUCUCAGCGUUGCGUCGCUCCGAACCAAGACGCACACUGGACGGUGCUUUCAACGGGCCCCACCACCACCACCCGAACCAGAUCAGGUUCGGUGAUCCCUUUUAACCACCCCCUAUAAAUACGCGCUCGCUAACCACCACUCGCUUCAAACGCGUGAACCAACCCUCCUCGAUCAAACGAAAAUUUCUCAGGCAAAAACAAGAAGAACAAGGAUUUAGCAAGAUGGCAUUAGUUUCUGGAGCAAGGUCAACACUAAACCCUAAUGCACCUCUUUACAUUCCGGCUGCGUUCCGCCAAGUGGAGGAUUUUUCUCCGGAAUGGUGGCAGCUGGUGACCACACUAACAUGGUACCAUGACUUCUGGCUCAGCCAGCAACAUGAUGAUGGUGCCUUCUAUGGCAACAAUGUUGUUGGUGAGGAUGAUGUGCUUGAUUUGCUUCCUGAUUCUUUCGAUCUUGAUGCCGGUGAAGAUCUUUCCGUCAUGGAAGCUCAGCUUGAAGAGUUUAUUCGAUCGUGUGAAACCCAAGGACCCUACAACAAUGUUGUGGAACCAGAGCUUGGAUCAAAGACAUUAACUGCGUGAGCCAGAGAGAUGGAGCUUUCAACCAACAUUAUCUUCUACGCCUUAGCUUACCUUCAUUUUUAGCUACUUGUACCAUGUCGGCUUUAACUUUCUUUAACUCCUGUAUAGGCAAGGUUUCAACUUUCGAUCAAUCCUUUUCUGGGUUUACCAAAAUCUGUGUUAAGGAUGGAAGGAAGGAAGGACAAGAAAAAUGAAAAUAUUUCUAUGUACUUAUGUUGUAAGAGCUUCUACAAAUUUUCUAAUUACAAAAAUGUAAAAAAAUCUCACUAUUUGUUAUCUCA